AUGAAUGCAUUCUUUGAUGGAUAUGUGAACUCCAAGACAACCUUGAAGCAAUUUGUUGAGCAGUAUGACAAUGCGUUGAGAAGUAAGGUAGAGAAGGAGACAAAAGCAGAUUUUAAGUUUCGUAACAAAUUGUAUGAUUGUUUAACGGUGUAUCGUUUUGAGAAGCAAUUUCGUGUAGCUUACACUAAUUCCAAAUUUAAAGAAGUUCAACUAGAAAUGAAGCGUCUAGUGUAUUGUCGUGCAAAUCUUAUCAAACAGGAGGGAGCAAUUUGUACCUAUCAUGUGAGGGAGGCUAUUGUUGUGGGUGAGGGGAUAAAGAAAGUGGAAUUUGUUGUGUACUUUAAUUCAACUGAAUGUGAGCUCCUUUGUAUGUCUCGGUUGUUUGAGUUUAGAGGUAUUAUGUGUGCACAUUCACUUUCUGUGCUCAUUGAGAGAUCCAUAUAUGAGGUGCCAACUAAAUGCAUUGUUUCGAGAUGGAGAAAAGACUUGGAAAGAGGCUACACGUGCAUUCCAACCACAUAUACUAACUUUGGCUCUUCUCCACAUCCAAAGUUGCAUGAUAACUAUCAUAACACGUUGGAUGAGAUCCUAGAUCUUGCUACCAAUGAUGAUGCUAAACACAAAGUGAUUCAACUUGGGUUGAUGAAAAUCAAGGAUGAAGUAAGAACAGUUCAAUCAAGUAGUGCAAGUAAUGUGCCAUGUACUAGUACUUUACCACCUUCAAGUAGUACUUUACCACCUUCCCAUACUUCAUCAAAAAGUCCGCCUCGUAUCAAUACUACAACAGAAAGCAUGACUCGCAAGGUACGAAGUCCUUUGGUUGCUCGCCGAAGAGGCCGUCCAUGUACGAAACGGAAGGUUAGCAAGAUUGAUGCAAUAGUCAAUCGAUUGAAGGGAAAGAAUAAGAAGGCACCAGUUACCACAAGUGGGGACGACAUUAGGAGAACAUCUCACCAAGAAGCUGGAAUGGUCAACAAUAUUAGCAGUCAAAGAUCGAUAGUACCGUCAUGUUUUGUUAACUUGAAUAUCAACGGGGAUCCGAAUGUCCCAUUUUUUUUUUAG